AUGACAUCCCCAACAGAAGUGACUACAGCCACCAGGCUUGCGAUACUGCUCUCCUUAAGCCUCAUCAUUACUUCGACCUCUGCUUACGACAGCAACAUCUGUUGCAUGAAGGCCGCCCGUUCGCAUGAGCUCCGGAUCCUUUUGCAGGAGGACCCUUGGGAUGUUUGCAGCCUGAACGACACCGAAACUUACCGUCCAGGGACCACGUUCCCUUCGAUCAAUAUCACGAUGGGAUGGUGCAAAGCACACUGUCCUGGCAAUCAGCCAAGCGACCUGUCACAAUGGCUGCAGCCCCUGACUAGCUGGGUUGUGCCUUACAUCGGUCUUCUCUUGCUGUGUCCCUUCGGCGACAUUAAAGAUUCAGUUUCAGGGUCGCAAGCAAGGCUAACCUCGAUGAAGUUCGGAGAUGUCUGGAGGUGGUUCUGGCGAUUCGUUCGAAGAUAUACUCAGGAAUGGAUUAAUCUGCUCGGCGAUCCAGCAAGUGCUAUUUUUGGUGCGUUCUCAGAGAUUUGGUCUGAUGCAACGAUGCUGCGCGAUAUCAACUCGCGUCUGGAUGCGGGAAGGCCGAAUUGGGGCGAACUUUCUUCGAUUGAUCUCUUGAAAUGGGUGGUCGUCCUGGUCGGCGACACCGAAUGCCCCUAUGAAUACGAUGAACAAACAGCUGAAAGAGAUUCGGGUCAAGACUCGAAUAGGAAGACCAUCGAACUUGACACGUUGUUCUCGCCAGAAUCAGACAAAGGAGUGGAUAAUACUCCUAAAGUUCGAGCGUUGGUGGAGAUCGCGAUCAAGACUCUUGUCGAGGCUCGUACCGACUUCUUCAAGGCCGUCUUCUUGCCAACGGUCCUCUUCCUUGCGGUGACGGCAUCGGUCUUCUAUGACGCUUACACAAAACUUGGCGACAAUGAUACUGCGAAUGGCCUCGCUUUUGGGAUCUGGUACUCGUGGCUGGUGAUUCUCUCUGUGGCUGCAAAUUGCUUUGCCAGCAGCGUAAAUGCGGGUUUGACCAAGACUACGCUUGGCCGAUAUUUUCAGCUCUCCGACCGAAGUGUUCCACUGCGCGAGCGCUAUUUCAACGGACUGCUGUGGCAUGAAUGGUUGACUCGUGUUCAGAGCAAUCCAGAGAAGACGUUAUCCGACUUAAACGAUAAUGAACCCUUGUCACUCAACCUAAUGGCGGACAGAAUCGACAACUCAGAAGGACGGCAUUUGGUCAAAUACCCAUCCCUCACAUUGGCGAAGAGUUUCCAGCUGCUGGUGGGCCAUGUGAUUGCUUGGCUCUGCGUGGCCAUUCCGUCGGUGGGCGCCAUUAUUGUCUCAUACAACACGCCAACUGUUGGCUUUGACUGCCGAUCAUUCAACUUCCUCGUCUAUGGAAUCCUUGCAUUGGUCGCUCCGGCCCUGCACAUCGCAUAUCAGUGGAUGCUUCGCAACAAGGGAAACAAAUACGCGACAGAAGGACUGAAGAUGUUUUACUGGUUUUUUGUCUGUGCCAAUGCAGCUGUACUAACCAUUGGCACCAUGUUGCAGCUGGCUGGUGUCUAUCGGAGCUGCCGGUGUCAACUCCUGUUCGCCUCGGAUAACGACAUCAUCGAAGUGAACCGCAAUACUCAUCUGGCGGUUGACAAUGCAAAGGCUUACUGGCUUCCGUCCGAGUUGGCGAGCCUCAUAUCAGACUCGAAGCGACGAAACAAUGACGUGCGCGUCGCCGCCGAGCAGUCGCUUGCUGACCUCAAAACAAUCUCGGUGACAUCCGAAUCUCAACUGGCCGGUGACCUGUGCCGGCGGCCUCUGUUCAUUGAACCCUUUCUUCUCGCUUGCAGGACCAAAAAUACCAAGCUAGCAACCACCGGAACUGCCUGCAUCCAGAGGCUGACUGCAAGCAAUGCCCUUGCUCGGACGAGGCUACCUGAUCUCCUAGCCGCUUUCCGUGAUGGGGCUGCUGCAGGCUAUGAGCCUCAACUCAAAAUCCUCCAGACUCUGCCUUCUCUGCUCCAGCUCUAUGCCGAUGACAUACAUGGAGACCUCCUUGCGACAAUUCUAGAGCUAUGUGCGUCUCUCCAAUCCAGCCGGACGGCCGCUGUGAGCAACACAGCUGCAGCGACUUUCCAACAGUUAGUCUCGGCGGUGUUUGAAAAGGCUGUGCAGGGAGAAAGUCUUAGGCCGUCAGGUGGGGACGAUGGAGAGGACUUCUCAGCUGCAGAUUCAAGAGGUGCCUCUCUGGACGAUGCAGUUCGGCUCUUCGAUGACUUUUGUCUGCUGCUUGACCACCAAAAACCGCAAUAUCUAAAAGUGGAAAGUCUACCCAUCGGCUUCUUGCUCGAAACUCUGCAGACCAUUCUGUCAAGUUACGAUUCGCUCCUUACAGCCGACCGACUCCGCGAUCAGACAUGGCCGGAAAACCUUGCGCACGGUCUGUCGCGUGUCUUGGCGAGAAAGGAUGCAUUCGGUAUGACGGCGCGCGCUCUGUCUAUCUUGCUCCUAAUGUUUCAAUCUCGGGCUGCAGACCUCCGAGAUCAACUGGCAGAGAUGACACCUCUACUUAUGGCUGCCCUGGAGAAGGACGGCAACCCACCAUGGAAACGAGCUCUUUUCCUCGAGUUCUUUCGUACUCUUUGCUCUGACUUCAGCGUGUUCCGAGAAGCCUUUCGUCUGUUCGACAAGGGAGACGACCCCGUCAAACUGAUAGGCCAGUUGAUGUCUGCAUUAGUCCGUAUCGCAGCGGAGGAUCCAUCGUUGAUCGGGCUUGGGCGCCAAUCUACUGUUCCUGUUCAGCGUGUAACCGACCCAAAGAGCGAAGAGGCUGCAUCCAUUGAGGCGCAAGGCUUGGGUGGUGCCAUCACCUCUGUGACCUCGAAUGACGCAAAUACUACUGGUAUCAGCGUCGAUUGGAGUGUCGUGGCUGUUCGUCUGAUGGAUCAACCCGAGAAGAACACUCCCCCUGCAAUCCCAAGCACUUAUAUCUACACUCUGGUGCUGGGUUGCAUCUCACAUCUAUGUGAUGGCCUGUCAAAGUUCAUUAUGCCACUGAGUGUUCCGAGCCGAGUCGCUCAACGAGACUCAUCGGAACUGGGCCGCAGAGAUAGUUCUGCCACAGACCGGACAGACGACGAUGCCGCACGGAGACCCAUUCGUCCAACUUCUGCCUCUCAGAAAUAUCAGCGGCUCAUCAAUCCUCUGACCUUGACAAACCAUCGAUUAUACGCGCAGAUCCGGACAUCUGCAGAUCUCAUCGAGUCCUGCUGGCCCGCCGCGCUUGCGACUUGCUCAACGUUCCUCAAUGCCGCACUGGACUCUGAGUUUUACCAUAUGUUGAUCCGAUCAGUUCAAAAAUUGGCCCAGGUUUCGGGUGUGCUCGAGCUCUCCACACCCAGAGAUGCCUUGCUCACAACUUUGGCAAAAGCAUCCAUACCUUCCAAUGCGAGUAGCUUCAUAGCAGCCUCUCAAAGUCUCAAAUCCCCUCGAGCCACAAAUGCUGAACAUGGGUUUUUCAACGAUGUGCUUAAAUCUCCAGCUGAGCCACCGCCGACACCCACUUUCCAGGUCAGCAGUUCACCGCUCAACGUCAGGCACCUGCUUUGUCUUCGGGCGUUGCUAAACCUUGGUAUUGCUCUCGGGCCGACGCUAGAAGAGGAUGCUUGGUUCAUCCUCAUUGAAACCAUGCAGACGGUUGAAGCUUUGAUUGCAAUGCCAAACACGGUUGCGGCAACCUCGCAAUCAGAAAGUCCGAGGAUGGGUCACGACGGUCAGACAACUCUCUCGACAGAGAUAGCCGCCGUCCAGGCGGCAACAAAGCGAAUGCUCGACAGCACACGAAGUUUUAGCGCCGAGGCGUUUGCGGUUAUUGUGCAUGCCUUAUUCCGCCUGCUUGGACAAAGUGAUGCGGAAGGUGAUUCGCAACCCGCGGAGCAAAGCCUUGGUUCUCCUAUCUCACCAACUCGUCUAGGGGCUCCAAGACCUGCACAUCAUGUCUCUCGAAGUGUAUCUGGUCUGUGGACAAAGUCAAAAACGCUUGAUCUGGAGAUCGGGUUCGUGCUUAACAAGCUCAGCGAUUUGUCGCGCAUCAACAUAUACCGCUUCGCAUCUUCUGCAGAGCAAGCCUGUUCCUGGGAUCUAAUUGCAAGUCGUUUGCUGCGCCUCUCUCAUGACACCAGUGUUGCUGACAAUCAUCGCAUACAAUCUGCGAGCAUAUUGGACUUGAUCUCGAUGGAGACAGUCAAGUUGUUGGAUGACCCACGUUUCGAAGCCAGCGAGGCCGAUACCAUUAGAUCCCGCUGCUUGCGAUCCCUCUUACAACAGUUAGAUUUCUUUGAUGAGACCCCCAGUCGAAGGUAUGAUGGUGUCGAGCUGGAAAUCCACAAGAGACUUCUAGAUUCUCUUGAAAGUAUGCUUAGCCAUAGCGGAGAAUCUCUGAACAACUGCUGGCCUAUCGCCCUCGAGAUACUGUCAAUAUCGUUCGCGAAGAGGGGACAGGCACGACCGCCGCCUAUCGAUGCAUCCACGGAACAGGCCGAAAAUCAUGCGCAGACGGCUCAGAUAUUAAGAGUCGCAUUCAGAUCUAUACAGCUGAUUGCCUCGGACUUUCUCGGUGUUCUGGAUACUGCUUCGCUCGCAAAACUGGCUCAACUUCUGCGUCAAUUUGGCUCUCAGUAUUAUGACUUGAACGUGGCGUUAACAAGCACGACUGUCCUGUGGAGUCUCGCCUCUCAAGCUUUGUCAAGGAUCGAGACGAUCGAUCUCUCUUCCAUGCCAACUCUGGAGAGCCGGAUUGAAUCAGUCACCGCAAACUCCGAGUCUUCUGGAUUAAUCUGGAGUGUCAUUUUACUGCAGUUGAUUGAAUUGUGCAAAGAUGAGCGUGCAGAUGUUCGAAACGCAGCCAUCAAAAUCCUACUAAAGAUGCUUGAUGCCUCGAGCGAGGCGCUAAGCCCAAAUACAUGGGCAAUCAUGCUCGAAGGUGGUCUGCUCGACACUGUUAGAUUUUGCAUCACUCAGUAUGCAGCAGACAAGAGCGAUCAGAGCGACUGGAUGGACUCCGCGGCUCAACUGACGGAGGGUAUUAUUCAGAUUAUAUCUCAGAAUCUAACAGUGGUCGCCACCCACAAUGACUUUAGCAACACAUGGCUCCGUACUAUGGACGUUUUGAAGUCUCUCCUAAGUACGAGCUCGCUGGUUGCGUCUUCGUUGGCCUUUUCGAAUUUGUCAAAACUUCUUUCCGCGCUGUCGAUCUUGGGAGACGUGGAUGAAGAUCUGAUUGUGCGUCCAAUGCAGCUUUGGACAGACUAUCAUCCUGCAAAGAUUGGACAAGACUCUGAACCUCACCAUGUGGCCGGUGAUGGACCGUCGAAUCAACAAGCGUUCACUUCGCAUGCUAAUGUCCUGGUCGAAGCGUACAAGACCAGGCCCGUCGCUGUUUCGAAUUAUAUGCAAGGCCAAACACCUAUGCUAAUGAACGCCAUCGAGUGCGGAAUUCUGCUGUGUCUGCAUCCUCCUUACACAAAUGACAUAAAAGCUCUGGCACCGGAACAGAAGGAGGCCUUGCAGUGCAUGGCAAUCCUGAAAUCCCUCUUGCGUGGCCAAGUGUCAGAGUUUUCCCAGUUCAUGCUCAGAAUGCUAAGUCUCGCCCUUAAUAUUCAGGAUGGGAGGAUUGGUCCCCAACAUAAGAAGUCAGCCAUCUCGAAAUCUGCGCAGAAGCCAACGUUCAUAGCAUUUGCCUCUACAUGUUUGGAUAACCUGCGGAACUUGAUUCUGGAGUACGCGGAGGACGAGCAUUUUAUCGACAAUUUAGCCGUGCAAAGAGCAUGCCAAGUGCUUUCCGCGAUCAUCAACACGAAAUACACCAAGAUCCCCACGAACAGUCAAGCACCGUUAUGGAGGAAUGCCACCGUCACUGCAGUGGUGAUGCUCGAAGCCUUGCAGAAACAUGUGAGCCACAGAAGGUCACGGUCAGUGGAUCGCCCUCACCUAGGUGGUUUGGCACCCGACAUCAUCUCCAUCGCCGUUAGUAUCCUGAAUUCUGGUGGUCUACCCAACCCGCCUGGUUCAGGUUACACUGAAGAGACAAUUCUCGAAGAUGAGACGUUUGACAUCGAACAUUUCCGGCUUCUGCAUGAUGCCAUUGUUCCCAUCUUCCAGCUGUCAGAAGAGGUCCGGGAAGACGCAUGCAAGGAGUAUGCCGUUGUCAUAUUCCAGGCAUCACUGCUCGCGAACCCUUGGUUUUACGACAUUCCAGAUGAUCUCACUAAUGACCCAUUGAAAGACUUGCUAGUGACGAGACCUGGGAGUGUCCACCGGCCGGUGUUUGCCGUGAGACGCAGCAUUUGCUACGCAGCGUUGGAUGCGCUAUUUGGGCUUGUAUCGCUGCAGCGGCCUACGGAAAGUACCAAGGACCAGGGAGAUCUCAGGAUCGAAUAUUCCAAGUUAGCAAGCGCAGCCGCCCCUUAUCUCGUAUUGCGCGUGGCGCACCCUUGCAAGACAUUUCUAGCAGACCAGCGGCUGCGAGGUCUUACUCCGCCACCAGAGCCCCAGCAGGUGGAGUUGCAGGUUGUGCUAUCCAAGUUCGUUGAGUUGAGGAGUGACGGUCAGGCGAUUGCUAGGAUGACACAAGAUCUCAAGCAAAAGGACCCUUCUCAAGGAUUGCCCAUUGCCAUGCGGAGACUGGGGGUUAGCGAAGUGGACGACGGCAAGGCCCACCUCCGCGUUCUCUACGGCUUGAUUCUGCGCGUCCGGAAGUUCUGGCAAGGGCUGCCGAGAUUACAAGGCCCCGGGGCACGCGCGUGGCAGGAUGACGGGCCGGGCAAGGCGAUCGAAGCGGCUCUAGACAGCUGGGCCAGGGUUGUGGCAGAGGAUUGGGGGUUUCUGGGCAUCGAGUAG